GUGACAACAGGCCAGCGCGCUCUCGGCCGUUGUCUCUUUAAAACUCAAAUCCAAGGGGGUAAUGAUUUAUCAAACUUGUACUAUCAAGAAAAUGUCACACGAAGGGCACCUUGCUUUGCACUGACGCAAACCCAGCCUUUCCCAAGGAGAUAUAGAAAGCGCCUCUCUUAGCCGGAGCCAAAUCCAGUCUCGUCAAUAGCUGGUUUCACUCUCUACCGGUUCGAUCUGUUGCCUAAAUCGGACGUGGAUUACGGUGCUCCCAUGGAAAUGAGUAAACCACCAGCCGGCAGCUUGGAGGCGGAGGCGGCACCGGGUCACCUGGAUGGCCCCUGCGCGCCCAGGACCAGCCCUGAGCAGGAGCUACCCGCCGCGGCCGCGCCGCCGCCCCGUGUGCCCAGGUCCGCUUCCACCGGCGCCCAAACUUACCAGUCCCCGGACGCGCGAGCCUGCGAGGCCGAGCGGCUGGGAAUGGGCGCUUGCAAACUCAGUGGCCCGCGGGCACUGCGGGACUUGAGCCAGGCGCAGGGCGAGCAGGCCACCCCUCCGGCCGGGGGUGCGGGGCCUGGCAACGCGCUACACUGUAAGAUCCCGGCUCUGCGUGGCCCGGAGGGAGAGGCCAACGUGAGUGUGGGCAAGGGUACCCUGGAGAGGAACAAUACCCCAUCCGUGGGCUGGGUGAACAUGAGCCGGAGCACCGUGGUGCUGGGCACGGAUGGAAUCACUUCCGUGCUCCCGGGCAGCGUGGCCAGCGCUGUCUCCCAGGAGGACGAGCAAGGGGAUGAGAAUAAGGCCCGAGGGAACUGGUCCAGCAAACUGGACUUCAUCCUGUCCAUGGUGGGGUAUGCAGUGGGGCUGGGCAAUGUCUGGAGGUUUCCCUACCUGGCCUUCCAGAACGGGGGAGGCGCUUUCCUCAUCCCCUACCUGAUGAUGCUGGCUCUGGCUGGACUGCCCAUCUUCUUCCUAGAGGUGUCACUGGGCCAGUUUGCCAGCCAGGGGCCGGUGUCUGUGUGGAAGGCCAUCCCAGCUCUACAAGGCUGUGGCAUCGCCAUGCUGAUCAUCUCCGUCCUGAUAGCCAUAUACUACAAUGUGAUUAUUUGCUACACACUUUUCUACCUGUUUGCCUCCUUUGUGUCUGUGCUGCCCUGGGGCUCCUGUAACAAUCCCUGGAACACACCGGAAUGCAAGGAUAAAACCAAACUGUUACUAGAUUCCUGUGUCAUCAGUGACCACCCCAAAAUACAGAUCAAGAACUCCACCUUCUGCAUGACUGCCUACCCGAACUUGACAAUGAUCAACUUCACCAGCCAGGCCAAUAAGACGUUUGUCAGUGGGAGUGAAGAGUAUUUCAAGUAUUUUGUGCUGAAGAUUUCUGCAGGGAUCGAAUAUCCUGGCGAGAUCAGGUGGCCACUAGCGUUCUGCCUCUUCCUGGCUUGGGUCAUUGUGUACGCGUCCCUGGCGAAAGGAAUCAAGAGUUCGGGAAAAGUGGUGUACUUCACGGCCACCUUCCCCUACGUCGUGCUCGUGAUCCUGCUCAUCCGCGGAGUCACGCUGCCUGGAGCCGGCGCUGGGAUCUGGUACUUCAUCACCCCCAAGUGGGAGAAGCUCACGGACGCCACGGUGUGGAAAGAUGCUGCCACCCAGAUCUUCUUCUCUCUGUCUGCCGCCUGGGGAGGCCUGAUCACGCUCUCAUCUUACAACAAGUUCCACAACAACUGCUACAGGGACACCCUAAUUGUAACCUGCACCAACAGUGCCACGAGCAUCUUUGCUGGCUUCGUCAUCUUCUCCGUUAUCGGCUUCAUGGCCAACGAACGCAAAGUCAACAUUGAAAAUGUGGCGGACCAAGGGCCAGGCAUUGCUUUUGUGGUUUAUCCAGAAGCCCUAACCAGGCUGCCCCUCUCUCCCUUCUGGGCCAUCAUCUUCUUCCUGAUGCUCCUCACUCUUGGACUGGACACCAUGUUUGCUACCAUCGAGACCAUCGUGACGUCCAUCUCGGACGAGUUCCCCAGGUACCUGCGCACCCACAAGCCGGUCUUCACGCUGGGCUGCUGCGUUUGCUUCUUCAUCAUGGGCUUCCCAAUGAUCACUCAGGGUGGAAUCUACAUGUUUCAGCUCGUGGACACCUACGCUGCCUCCUACGCCCUCGUUAUCAUCGCCAUUUUUGAGCUUGUGGGAAUCUCCUAUGUGUACGGCUUGCAACGAUUCUGUGAAGAUAUAGAGAUGAUGAUCGGAUUCCAGCCCAACGUCUUCUGGAAAGUCUGCUGGGCGUUUGUCACCCCAACCAUCUUAACCUUUAUCCUCUGCUUCAGCUUCUACCAGUGGGAGCCCAUGACCUACGGCUCCUACCGCUACCCAAACUGGUCCAUGGUGCUCGGCUGGCUGAUGCUCGCCUGCUCCGUGAUCUGGAUCCCAGUUAUGUUCGUGAUCAAAAUGUACCUGGCCCCUGGCAGAUUUAUCGAGAGGCUGAAGCUGGUGUGCUCGCCACAGCCUGACUGGGGCCCCUUCUUAGCUCAGCACCGUGGAGAGCGUUACAAGAACAUGAUCGAUCCCUUGGGGACCUCGUCCCUGGGACUCAAACUGCCAGUGAAGGAUUUGGAACUGGGCACCCAGUGCUAGUCCAAUGGUGUGGGGUGACCCAGACUCCAUGCUGGCUCUCCUUUCUGCUUCUCCCUAAAUUCCCCUCAGCUUUCCUCCAUCCUUCUUCUCUCUCCACACCCCCCCCACCUCCCCUGCACCCCCAUUCUGGCUCACAUCUGUGCAUGAGAGAGGUUUCGUAGAAAAGUAAGACGUAGUGUCGCAUGCCGUAGUGAAGAGCCAGACAGACCAUGGAGGCGCUGUGCGCCUGCUGUGGCCCUGGUGUGGGUGCACGCUGUAUACUGGGGUGGGGUGGUAGUGCUGAGGGUGUGCUUCAGCUUAGAAAGGCCUUUGCACUGAAGUCACACAUGGGCAAGUGGGGUUGGAUCCAUACAGAGGCAUCCAUGUGUGCUCCCUAGGGGUUUCAGUGGCUGACUUUGGGGAAGUAGUUUGCCAGGCCUUCCUUCCAAGGUGCCUGUGGGUGGACUUGAACUUCUAACCUUUAAGUGAGCAACUGAGCACUACUGACUUGUUUGCACCACCCAGAUAAAGAACAGCAGGAUUAGAAACGUGUGGGUUCGGAAUUUUCUGCAUGCGGACCUGGACGGGGCUCAGGGUUGAGGACAGGGAAGACUUAGCGGGCAGCCGUGACUGGGAUGUGUUUUGGAUGAAAGACCAAGUCAGGAGAUGGGAAUGCCGCUGGGCGGUUAUGUUCACGGCUCCAUUCCCAGUGGGAGAUCUGUGCCCUUCAUUUGGACCAGUCUGUCUGCCAAGGACUCGGCUGCUUCCCUCUCUGCACUUGGCGAGUCUGAGUGAAGAAUCGCUUCUCUCCCCCCAGUCAUCAUCUUUCUUUGUUUGCUUGUUGUUCAGUCACCGUGCCUGUGAGUUCUUUUGCUCAUUUCCCCGCCUCUGCACAAGAAGCCGCCGGUCGCAUGAUUUGUGCCUAAGUGUGUACGUUGGCAGCAGGGCUCCGGUCUCAUUCCUCCACGACACGGGGCACUGCAGGCCAGCACGGCCAGCCCCGUUCCUGUAGACCCCCUGUCAGCUGUAGACCCCCUGUCUUUCAACCUGGGGGGUAACGAGACUCGCCGUGGUUCUGUCUAUACUGUAUGUUAUUUAUGUGGGACACACACUCUUAAAAAACAUACAGACAGCUUCUCAAUUUUUACUCCUAACCUUUUCAGUCACAGUCGAUGCCAACUGUGGUCGUAGAGAAAUCCAAGAUGCAGAGAGUCGAAUAAAAGGCAUCCACCAGCUCCCCUGCGCUGGUAGCACAUUUUAGGUCACUGUAUUUACAGGACUUUCUGAUAAAUACAGCUUAGGUAAGUAGCGAGCGAGCCAAUUAAGACUAUAGCUUUUAAGACUACAUUUAGCCAAUUCAAUUUUAAGAGUUCCCUGUUCACAGUAAUCAUUGUUAACUGCACUCUAACGAGAGCGGAAUCGUAUGUCUGCAGAGAUUGGCGAAGCUGUAACCUUUAUUAUCGUCUUGUAUCCUGAACCUGCGUAUAUGGAAUUUCUAAAACAUGCUUACGUGCUCAUGUAGUGUGUGCUUGUAGUGGUGGCUUCUGUCCCUGGAUCUCCCCAGCUACUCUAGCGGUGGUGAGUUUAGAAUAGUGUAGUCCACAGUUCAAUUUCGUUUUGGUUUUUGGUUCCUCCCCUGGCUUCCGUUCCAGUAGUAAUAUUGAAUCUUGUUUCCUUUAGGGGACCAUUUCAACCAUUUUCUUAUUGCUGUCUUCCUAUCACAGGGUCUCAGGCAAUGUUUUCAGUUCUGAUCUUGUCUAUUGAUGGGACGUUUUCAUCCCGCUCAGCAGCAGGGACAUCCAACCACAGACCUUAAAGUGACUUUUUGCUUUUAAAUGACUUCAUUUGUUAAAGACCGAUAAAAAUAAGUCUCCACUCUUUCCCUUUUCUAGGGCACAUCCGUUGCCAUUGACCGACACUGAUGCCAACUUGUGGUUUUCAGGAGUAGCCGGUGGGAGGUUUCAGGAAAGGAAGCCAAGAUGGGCUGUGUGCUUUGCGUUUCGUGUCUUGUGUCCGCAGUGUAUGUCUGUCCUUCCUCGCCUUUGUUCUCCCAGCCUCCCUCUCUCCCCCAAAGCCAGGGUCUACUGUCACUUGUUACAGAGCGCUCCCUGAGCUCCCCGGAGAGACUCGACCGUAGGAAGCCGGGCAGCAGACUCGCCUGUCCCUGUGCUCCUCGUGUGAGUGGCCUGUCCACCAUUGACACUGGUCUCGCCGAGAGAGCCAGACUGACAUGAAUUCCUCAGCAGAGGGUGCAGGGCAGUCCAACACUUAGCCUCUCCCGUGGGCACCUGGUGGCGCGGAAGAGGCAGGGAGGCAUGCCCCCAGCCUGGCAAGGACUUGCAGCCUGUCCUGUGCACAGGUUGACGAGAAGCACUUCGGUCAAUUGGCGUUCUUCGCCUGGGACUUGCCCGUAUGUUUGUUGCAGGACACAGGGCUCUUGGCUUUCUUCUCUUGCUCCUCUGGAGCGUGAGGUUGGAAGCGCCCCGAGACCUGCUAGUGAUCGCUGUUAGGGUGAAAAGGAAGGAUAGGAUCAGGCUUGUGUGGUGCCAACUGAAAGCUCACUUCAUGGCGGGAUGGCGCCCCCCCCACCCCCCACCCCGCCCGCCCGUGGGGGCAGCGGCCUUUGUGUCCGCCAGAGUUUGUCCAGUUUAGACUUGGUAACCGCUCCCUGACUGCCAGUUUCCUCUUCUCCUUCUCCUUCUUCUCUUUUUUCCUUUUGCCUGUGGUUUCCAAGUCUUAACGAAAAAGUUGCUUCAAGGGCCACGCUUGGCCGAAAGAGUCUGAACUUGCUCGGAAACUGUUCCCUUACUUUCGGAGCGUCCAGAGCCCUCCACCUUCGGGGUGCACCCUGGCCUGGCCAGGCUCCAUCAUUGCCUGUUCACGCAGACCUCCCCUCCCAUGGCACUGGCUGGGGCACUGGGAGCCCAGUCACACACAGCCAGGUGCACGUCUCCUCGCGGGGAAAUUGCAGGGCUGAUUGGAAGAAGAAAAAGGAAAAGAACAGAAACCAAAAGCAUAGCGAGCAUCAGCACCAUCAUGAACCACCACCUGAAAGUUGCCCUCUCCCACCAAGGAAGAGAGCCCCCAUCAAAAACCAGUACCACCAGGUGGCCGAGGACAGACUCUCACUGGACCAUUGUGCACAGAAUGGGGAUCAUCUCGUGAGCUUAUUUCAGCAACACCCCGGAAUGCCAGAAACCCAUCCCAAAGGAGAGAGGGGGAAAAAAGCCAUAUGUGAAAAACAAUUAACCCUAUAACAUCCUUAAAGGAGAAAACAUGUAUUCCUUAACAAUUGGUGUUGUGGCUUCUUAUGUACGUGUGUCUUGUAAAUUAGUAGCUUUUAACCUCUUGACUACUGUGUUUGUCCUGUAUCAGUGUGUCAAGUUGUGUUUGUUUGUUUGUUUGUUUUGUAAUUACUUUUCUUGCAUGAAAUCUGGGGUCAGGCCGUAGUCUCGAGGACUUCAGCUCCUUUGAAAUGCCUCCCUCCUGCGUGUGUGAGCGACACCACCAGCCGGCGUUUCGGGAGGCACAGCCGCACUUUGAAACCUCCCCGUGGAGGAGACGGGGUACGUUCCUGGGAGUUGAGUUUCCCUUGAGUGACGUCUUGUCCCGCUUUCUCCUUGUUUGUGCUUCAGCGCUCCUGGUCAGUCCAGUGUCACCUGGCAGCCUGGCUUCCCCAUGCGGAAAACUCCAAAUCCUCUCUCCCCUUUCUUCCCUCAGCCGCCGCUCUCCGUCCUCUCCCAAGGCACCUCUGCAGCAACUCCUGUUCUUGAGGGGGUGACAGCAAGCCCGGACCCCUGAGUUUGGGCUCGCCGUAUGUCUUUGUGGUGGAUGAUUCCAGUGGGGGGUUGCUGCGAGAAUGUGGGCUUCUGGUGUUGCCUGGACAGACCGUGGACCAUGGCCAGCCAGCGAGUACACCCCACCCCGCACCCCGUGCAUUGCUGUGUGGGGUGGGCAUCCUGCAAGAAGGUCCAAGGUGGAGGAGGGUCAACGCUGGGGAGCUUGCAUUUGGGCACUGAUGUCUCCCUCGUGGGACCGCCCUGGGAUUUGUGGAAGCAAAGCUUCCCAUCUUUCCCAAUUGUUGCUCCGGCUGUCCACAAAGGCCAAGGCUUUUUGUUGAAAUGUGGGCUCUGCUCGAGGAACGUCGGAGCAGCCUGCAGCCAAAGAGAAAGUGCCCCCCCCCUCCCCCCACCCUUCGU